AUGAAUUCACCGCCUUCCCAAUCGGGAAGGUCCGAAUCCCCGUUUACCAAUAGCAAAAGAUCGUCGAGUUUUACUUCUUCUCCACUAUCGAAAUCACUUUCUGAUCCCAGCAGCCAGAGCUUUUCCUCCAUCCUUAACAACCCCAAACCUUCUUCCUCCCUCGUGGGCUGGUGGUCUUCCUCAACCUCUGUACCGGCUUCCGAGUUUACCCCUUUGCCCUCUGUUCCGAAGCCCGGAUCCGAAAUCACUCGAUCCGACUUCCUUUCUUACCUGUCGUCUGUUUCGGAACCUCACUCCCGGUUUCGGGAUAUUCUCAAGCAGCAUGAUCGCGACCACCAGGUGUUGGAUGGGGAAUCGGAGGGGGCCGCUGGUGAAGCGCUAGUGGCGUGUCUUAGGGAGGUUCCAGCGCUGUACUUUAAGGAGGAUUUUGAGUUGGAGGACGGCGCGACUUUCAGGGCAGCGUGCCCGUUCAGGACGACGUUGGAGAAUCUUGCUCUGCAGGAGAGAUUAUCGCAGUAUUUGGAUGUGGUGGAGUUGCAUUUGGUUAGGGAAAUCUCGCUCCGCUCCAACUCCUUUUUUGAGGCGCAGGGGCAAUUGGAGGACUUGAAUGCUAAGAUUCUUGAGGGGUGUGGGAGGGUCAGGGAGUUGAAGGAGACCAUUAGGAUCUUGGACACCAACUUGGUGGGGUCUGCCAGGACAGUGCAGGAGCUAAGCUUGAAACGGGGUGAUUUGAUAUCUCUGCACAACAAGCUUAGACUUGUGCUCUCUGUCAACCAGGCUCUCUCCACUCUUGAAUUGCUUGUUGCAUCUGCAGAUUGUGUUGGCGCUUUAGACAUUACUGAUGAUUUGCAGCAUUUAUUGGAUGGUGACGAGCUGACUGGUUUGCAUUGCUUUCGUCAUCUUCGAGAUCAUGUAGCAACUUCAAUGGACACUAUUAACAGCAUUCUUUCAGCAGAAUUCAUCCGUGCAUCUUUGCAUGGUGCUGAUGAUCCAGAGGCAUCAUUAACAAGGCAUAGCUCGGCUUAUAAGGGAAGAGAUAAUGAAGUUAGACUAGAGGAAGAGCGGAUUUCUAAUUUUCAAGACCAGCUUCUUCCCCUUAUCAUUGGAUUGCUCAGAACGGGAAAGCUACCUGCUGUGUUGAGAAUAUACCGUGAUACACUUGCUUCUGAAAUAAAAACUUCAGUCAAACUGGCAGUUGAGAAUAUGCAUUUGGAGUUGGAUUCUGUAUCUGGAGACGGGGUGGUGGAUGCAGAUGGUGGAGGCUCAUCACUGGGAACUAAGUUAAAAAGUCUGUCACCUGAUGGCUUUCUUAAACUUUUGGAGGAGGUUUUCAUGAUUGUACAGAUGCGCUUGAUGAGGGCUUCUGAUGUUAAAAAAGCAAUUGAGUGGAUCAUGGGCAAUCUCAGCGGUCACUAUGCUGCUGCUUCAGUUGCUGCCGCACUUGCACUUGGUGCAGCUGCUCCAGACACAACUCAGGAGACUUACGGGCAGGGUAGUUCCAUUUUAUCACAAUCUUCCCUGGGGAAUGUUACCAGAGUUCCAUCCAUCCAGGGAAGGGGAAAUGAUAUCACAAGUCCAACAAAUCUUUCAAGAAACUUCCGAACUGAUAUUUUAAGAGAGAAUGCAGAAGCUCUAUUUGCAGCCUGUGAUGCUGCUCAUGGAAGAUGGGCAAAAAUUGUUGGAAUUCGCUCUCAAAUUCAUCCAAAAUUGAGGCUGCAGGAUUUUCUAAGUGUCUAUAACAUCAGUCAGGAAUUCAUUAGUUCAACAGAGAAGAUUGGUGGAAGGUUGGGAUACAGCAUUCGUGGAACUCUACAGUCACAGGCUAAAGCCUUUAUCGAGUUCCAGCAUGAAUUUCGGAUGGCAAAGAUGAAGGCUUUACUUGACCAAGAAAAUUGGACUGAGAUAGAUGUGCCAGAUGAGUUUCAGACCAUUGUCACUCCAUUAUCUUCAGAUUCCAUGACUGAUGGACAUAGAGAUGAAGCUCCUGGUACAUCUAACAACAGUGAAACAAUAUCAAGAAGUAAUGAUUUCCCUGUGGCUGAUGCUGGACUUUCAAAUUCAUCUCAACACAUUGAACUGCCUGAUUCUAAUGGAAUGUCAGCAGUUCAUGCACAAAACGCCGAUUCUUCACGCCUGAGUGGGGAGUCUGAGAGUGGCAAUACUGAUGUUGGAACUUGUGGAUCGUCUUCCACUCAAAGUAAUAAUGUUAAUACGAGAGAACGGGGAAAAUCUUCCCUUCGGAUGCUUUAUUUUAAAGGUGUUGGAUAUCACAUGGUAAACUGUGGCUUAUAUUUGGUGAAGAUGUUGUCAGAGUACGUCGAUAUGAAUAAUUGUUUGCCAACACUAUCUGCUGAAGUUGUUCACCGUGUUGUUGAGAUAUUGAAAUUUUUCAAUUCAAGGACGUGUCAUCUUGUUCUUGGCGCAAAUGCCUUGCAGGUCUCUGGUUUGAAGUCUAUUACUUCUAAACACUUGGCUAUGGCAAGUCAGGUUAUCAGCUUCACUUAUGCCAUUAUACCAGAAAUCAGGAGAGUUCUCUCCUUAAAAGUGCCAGAGACGUACAAAGGGCUACUGUUGUUAGAGAUCGACAGAGUAGCAAAUGAUUAUAAAGUUCACCGCGAUGAGAUACACUCUAAGCUGGUUCAGAUAAUGAGAGAAAGAUUGGUGGUUCAUCUACGUAGCUUGCCACAAAUUGUUGAGAGUUGGAAUAGAUCUGAGGAUUCUGAUCCACAGCCGAGUCAGUUUGUUCGGUCUCUCACAAAGGAAGUUGGUUAUCUUCAACGUACAUUAUCUAAACAUCUGCUUGAAGAGGAUGUUCAAGCUAUUUUUGGGCAAGUUGUUGUAAUCUUCCAUUCUCAAAUUUCUGAAGCAUUUAAAUCAUUGGAGAUAAACAGUCCACAAGCAAAGAGCAGGCUCUAUUGUGACAUUCAGCAUAUCCUUGGGUGCAUCAGAUCAUUACCUUCUGUUAAUUUGGGUGAAUCCAGUCCACCAAAUUGGGGACAACUUGAUGAAUUCUUGGCACAAAAUUUUGGCACCGAAGCUAUAGCCUGUGCAUCAAGUUGUUACUUCGAACGAGGGAGUAAGCAUGCAGAAUAUAUUGCCGCGAUCCCAUGCUCAGUAGUUUUAUACGCAAUUUUGAAUGAUUCAUGGGGAUGCAUCGAGCUUGACAUGACUUCUUGUGAAUUUGCAGAACGUGAGGUCGAACCAGUUCCCUCUUGGAAAAUUUGUAUCAAAAUCCUCUUACCAAGUAGAAACUGCGAGCUGAUGUUUGUAUCCGAAGAAAAUGCUCUAUAUAAUAUAACUCUUUCAAUCUCACAUCGCUUCAUAUCAAAAUCAGCAAUGGAAGUUUUAGCUCUACUUGCCCUUUCUCUAUCUCUAAUUGUUUUCGCUCUUUUCCUUGCCUUCCGCAGCCGGUCGGACGGUGCAAAACUUCCGCCUGGUAGCUUUGGGUGGCCUAUAAUGGGAGAAACUAUCGAAUUCUUGUUCGGCAAACCGGAGAAGUUCGUCGGUCACAGAAUGAACAAAUACUCACCACACAUCUUCAAAACCAAAAUACUCGGAGAGAAAACUGCUGUUUUUUGCGGCCCUAAUGGCCAUAAAUUUCUAUUUUCUAAUGAACAAAAAUACUUCACUUCCUUCCGCCCCCACCCUAUGCAAUACCUCUUCCGUUCCUACCGAAACAACACGGCGGCUCCUCCACCACCAUCAUCAUCGCGAACUGAUGAGGUGAAAUCGAUUCGACAACCGGGGUUCUUCAAACCAGAAGCCUUGAUGAGAUUUUUGGGGAAAAUGGAUUCCAUUACACAACAACAACUACAAAUGCAUUGGAAUCAUGACAAAAAUAGGGUUAAAGUUUACCCUCUUGCCAAAAGCAUAACCCUAACACUUGCUUCUCACUUCUUUCUAGGAAUCAACAAUCCAGAGCGUAUUUCGCGGCUUGUAAAACACUUCGAUGAUGUUACGUUGGGCAUGCAUUCGAUCAUGUUGAACAUUCCGGGGACUGUUUUUUACCGCGCAAAUAAAGCGGCUUCCGCUAUUAGGAACGAACUUUUGAAUGUUAUAAAAGAGAAGAAACUGGCUAUGGCUACCGGAGCUCCGGUGCAAGAUAUAUUGUCUCAUAUGAUUGUUGUUACCGACCCGAAUGGCCGAUCCAUGCCCGACGCUGAAAUUGCUGAUAAAAUAAUGGGGUUGCUAACUGCGGGAUACAGUACAGUUGCUACCACCAUAACUUUCUUGAUGAAAUAUGUUGGCCUUAGCCCCGAAAUUUACGAAAAGAUCAGAGCAGAGCAAGUGGAGAUUGCAGCCUCUAAGAAGAAUGGUGAAUUACUGGAAUGGGAAGACGUACAGAAAAUGAAAUAUUCGUGGAACGUCAUAUGUGAAACAAUGAGACUGGUUCCCCCUCUUCAAGGAACUUUUAGAGAAGUCUUGACGGAAUUUACCUAUAAUGGUUACACAGUUCCAAAGGGUUGGAAGGCGUAUUGGACUGUGAGCACGACCAACACAAACCCUGAAUAUUUCCGGAACCCGGAGAAGUUUGAUCCAUCAAGGUACGACGAAGGUGAAACACCGGAACCGUAUACUUAUGUACCGUUCGGGGGAGGGCCGAGAAUGUGCCCCGGAAAAGAGUAUGCUAGGCUGGCCAUAUUGGCUUUCAUUCAUAAUGUGGUAAAAAAGUACAAAUGGGAAGUGAUUGAUCCUAAUGAGAAGGUUGAAGGCGAUAUGAUGCCGGAGCCGGAAAAGGGGCUUCCGAUAUGGCUGCACCACCACCACCACUAG